CCAAGAUGGCGGACGCGGGGUGCCUGCAUGGGGGGGAUGCGGCGCUGCCGUGCCCGCCCGAGGAGCAGGAGCUGAGCCAGCGCCUCCGCCGCCUCUACCCUGCUGUCAACCAGGAUGAGACACCGCUGCCGCGCUCCUGGAGCCCUAAGGACAAGUACAACUAUAUUGGCCUCUCGCAGGGCAACCUCCGCGUCCACUACAAAGGUCAUGGUAAGAAUCACAAGGAUGCUGCUUCAGUCCGGGCCACGCACCCCAUCCCUGCCGCCUGCGGCAUUUACUACUUUGAGGUGAAGAUUGUCAGUAAAGGCAGAGAUGGGUAUAUGGGAAUAGGACUUUCUGCUCAAGGGGUCAACAUGAACAGGCUCCCAGGAUGGGACAAACAUUCUUAUGGGUACCAUGGGGAUGAUGGGCACUCCUUCUGCUCCUCGGGGACAGGACAGCCCUACGGCCCUACCUUCACCACUGGAGAUGUGAUUGGCUGCUGUGUCAAUCUCAUCAACAACACCUGCUUCUACACCAAGAACGGCCACAGCCUGGGUAUUGCCUUUACAGACCUCCCUUCCAAUCUCUACCCUACAGUGGGUCUCCAGACUCCAGGAGAGAUAGUGGAUGCCAACUUUGGGCAGCAGCCCUUCGUGUUCGACAUUGAGGACUACAUGAGGGAGUGGCGAGCGAAGAUCCAGAGCACCAUCAAGCGCUUUCCCAUAGGGGACAGGCUAGGCGAGUGGCAAGCCAUGCUGCAGAAUAUGGUUUCAUCAUACUUGGUCCAUCAUGGGUACUGCUCAACAGCAACUGCCUUUGCCAGAGUCACAGACACCACAAUCCAGGAAGAACAGACCUCAAUAAAGAACAGACAAAGAAUACAGAAGCUAGUAUUGGCAGGAAGAGUGGGAGAGGCUAUAGAAGCCACCCAGCAGCUCUAUCCUGGUCUCCUAGAACAUAACCCCAACCUGCUCUUCAUGUUAAAGUGCCGGCAAUUCGUGGAGAUGGUGAAUGGCACAGACAGUGAAGUUCGUUGCUUCAGUGCCCGCAGCCCCAGAUCCCAGGACAGUUACCCUGGGUCCCCCAGCUUAAGCCCUAGGCAUGGAUCAAGCAACUCCCACGUUCAUGGUGCAGGAGCAGAUAGUCCAACCUGUAGCAAUGGAGUCAUGUCCACAAAAAGCAAACAGAGUCACAGUAAAUACGCAACACUGAGUUCAUCAUCUUCAUCAUCCUCCUCCUCCUCCCCCUCAUCUGUGAACUACUCUGAAUCCAAUUCUACAGAUUCUACCAAAUCCCAGCAGCACAGCAGUACGAGUAACCAAGAAACCAGUGACAGUGAGAUGGAAAUGGAGGCUGAGCAUUACCCCAAUGGAGUCCUGGAAAAUUCAUCCACCAGGAUAAUGAAUGGCACCUACAAACAUGAAGAGAUCCUGCAGACAGAUGAAUCCAGCAUGGAAGACAGCUGCCCCCAGAGGCAGCUCUGUGGAGGGAACCAUGCUGCCACGGAGAGGAUGAUCCAGUUUGGCCGGGAGCUGCAGAUGCUGAGCGAGCAGCUGUGCAGAGAGUAUGGGAAAAACACAGUGCAUAAAAAGAUGCUUCAGGACGCCUUUAGCUUGUUAGCUUACUCAGACCCCUGGAAUUGCCCUGUCGGUCAGCAGCUGGACCCCAUCCAGAGGGAACCCGUGUGUGCUGCUCUUAAUAGUGCUAUUCUGGAAUCUCAGAACCUGCCAAAGCAGCCCCCGCUGAUGCUUGCCCUGGGCCAGGCCUCGGAGUGCUUGCGGCUGAUGGCUCAUGUGGGGCUGGGGUCCUGCUCCUUCGCCAGGGUGGAUGACUACUUGCACUAGGUGCCAGGGGAGCUGGCACUGCCCUUCGCCCCUGCUGCUGCCCUGCGCCAUCACCUCCUUCCUAGCCUGACCUCCCUGCCACCAGCACCCCUGCAGCACAUACGCACACUGCCCUGGGAAGGAUGGAGUCCCUUGGGCAUGGCCGUACCCGGCCCCAGCGGUCCUGGCAGAUCUCGCUCUGCCCUGCCGGCUGCUGCCACCAUGGCCCUGGCCCCUGCGCUGCUCACUCUCACGCAGCGCGUUCCAACCUAGGGACUGCUUUUUGUUUUGAUUUGAGUUGUUUCUCAUGGAUGCACCAAUAUUUUACCUGGAGGGUGUUGCUGAGCUGGUUUCUGCCAUUGUACUGAGGCAGCUCGUCAAGUUGGUGACAGCUUCUUCUCUCCCCUUCGCCCUCCAUCGUGCACAUACAGCGGCAUCUCCUGUGCUAGUUACCUGAACUCUUCUCACAGUGGCAGUUCAGAGGGAUGUUUUUUUAUUAUUUUAUUUGAAUCCUGUUUAUUAAAAAGGUCUCUUCCACCUCCACAAAGUCAUUGAUGUAU